AUGGAGAAACCGCAAGUCGAGCACUGGAUGUCGGUCAAGCGUAUUGUGCAAUACUUGCAUGGAUCCAAAUCGCUCGGCAUCUGCUCCAAACUCGGCGGUAAGGUGGAUAUCUACGGCUACUCGGAUGCAGACUGGGCUGGCGACUAUGUGGACCGCAAGUCUACUUAG